UCCUUAUACUAUGGAGGUAUUUUCUUGGUUUUUCCAGGCCCUGCCAUGGCUUCUCGCCAUAGCAUUUCUCUUCAAAAUAAGCACUAUUUAUCAACGUCGAAAAGCUAAAACUCCGCCUGGUCCACGGCCGUGGCCGAUUAUUGGCAAUUUGAACCUUCUGGGCUCCACCCCACAUCAAUCUUUACAUUCACUGUCCCAAAAAUAUGGAGAACUAAUGCUCUUAAAAUUUGGGUCCAAGCCGGUUAUAGUUGCCUCAUCUCCCGAAACGGCUAAGCUUUUCUUGAAAACUCACGAUGCGGUUUUCGCCUCUCGCCCCGCCACGGCCGCCGCCCAUCACACCUUUAACCGCUCCGACAUGACGUGGUCGCCGUAUGGGCCGUUCUGGCGCCACGCGCGCAAGAUCCUCCUUUCCCAGGUUUUCGCCCCGGCAAAGCUUGAUUCCUUCGAGAACGUUCGCGUUGAGGAGAGGAUGGUUCUAUUGUCUGGCCUUUACGAUGCUGUCGGGACUAAGAAGCCCGUGUUGCUAAGAGACCAUUUAGUGAGGUUCACCCUGUCUACUAUGACUAGGCUUGUUACUGGGAACAAGUAUUUUAGCAAUGAUUGGGAAUUGGGAAAACCGGAGGGUUCUUCGAUACCGUUUAAGAAACUGCUGGGAUUUCUUGAUGAAUGGUUUCUGCUUAGUGGUGUGAUCAAUCUUGGAGAUUGGGUUCCUUGGUUGAGCGGCUUUGACUUGCAAGGAUAUGUGAAGAAGAUGAAAGAUUUAAGGGAAAAGUACGAAGAGUUCCUAAACCAUGUGAUUGAAGACCAUAUGGCUAUGAUGAAAGGUGACGAGAACUUUGUCCCGAAGGACAUGGUGGAUGUGUUUUUGCAGAUAGCUGAUGAUCCAAACCUUGAGCCCGAUGUUGCACUCACACGCGACCGCAUCAUGGGAUUGACACAUGAUAUGUUGGCGGGUGGCGAAGAUACAUCAGCAACAACAGUGGAAUGGGCAUUUCAAGAACUGUUUAGAAAGCCAUGGAUUAUUGAAAAGGCAACCGAGGAGUUAGAUAGAGUGAUUGGGAGGGAGAGAUGGGUAGAAGAGAAAGACUUUUCGCAACUACCAUAUAUAGAUGCAAUCAUUAAAGAAACAUUCAGGUUGCAUCCAAUUUGCACAUUGCUCCCACCCCACUAUUCUAUUGAAGAUUGCAUUGUGGCUGAUUACGAGGUGCCAAAAGGAACAACUGUUCUAAUUAACGUGUGGUCAAUUGGGAGGAAUCCAAAGUAUUGGGAUAAUGCAAAUGAAUUUUUCCCUGAACGAUUCUUAGAGAAAGAUGUUGAUAUAAAAGGACAAGAUUUUACACUUUUACCCUUUGGGGCAGGAAGAAGAAGGUGCCCUGGUUAUAGUUUAGGGAUGAAGAUUGUCCGAACAACAUUAGCCAACUUGUUACAUGGAUUUAAUUGGAAAUUAGCUGGAGACCUGCGGCCGAAUGAUAUAUCUAUGGAAGAGGUUUAUGGCUUGACCACUCAUCCAAAAUCCCCAGUGUCUUACUUUAUUGAACCUAGGCUUCCCACCCAUCUUUACUAGUACUAGUAUAUAUAGAGUUUAUCUCUUUAUUUACUGUGGAAGUUACCGAAUAAUAUUUUAAUAAAAAAUGGGCUAUCAUAUUAAAAUAUGAAAAUUUUUAUUAUUUCCUUU